AUGCAACAAGAUCGUCCUCGCAAGUUGCAGCGCAUCUCCCAAGCAUGCGAUCUUUGUCACCGACGCAGCAUUCGUUGCAGGCCCAGCAACGAGGACCAGGACCGCUGCCAGAACUGCUACGACUUCGAUGUCGCCUGCACUUAUGAGCGUCCCUCGAAGCGCAAGAAGCACCCCCAAGCACCUGCCGCUCCUGCCCAACCCGCGCAACCCUCGGCGCGGUCUUCCACAUCACGGAACGCUCUUUCCUCGGACCUGGUCUCGGCUGCGACUACCGCGCCCUCCACAACCAACUCGACUCGCAACGACUCGAUAGGCAAGGCCAACGACUUCGCCCUCGUGCCUGCCCUCGCUUCCCAUCGCGACACUACCGAACUCGACCUGCCAUGGAAGGUCUUUGCCCUCUCGAGCGAGCCCAUCAUCUUCGACCUUUUCGAUGUCUACAUGGAGAUUGUCUAUCCACUGUAUCCCUUCUUCCACGAGGCCACCGACAAGGCAAAGAUCAAGAAUAGAGAUCACUUGACUGACAGGGGCUUCUUUGCGUCCGUCAUGUCCAUGUGUGCUCUGGCUUCGGCACGUAUCCGCGACGGCGCUCUUCCAACCAGAAUACCCGACGCUGUCAGAAAUCCCGAAGCCUCGUCCGAGGUCUUCUUCUCUGCUGCAAAGUCUGUCUUCACCUCCGACUUCGAUAAACUUCGUGGUUUCGACUACAUAAGAGCCUGCGCACUUCUCUCCUUGACCAGCAUUCAAUACGGCCAAUCUCUGGAAGUCCAGCAGUACUCGGGCAUUGGCAGCACUCUCAUCGCCAUGCAACGCUUCUACGAUGAGAAGUAUUGGCCCAGUGGCUUGGAAGAAUAUCAGAAAGAGACGUAUAGACGUCUUUACUGGGGGUCCUAUACUUUGGAGGUCUUCACCGCCGUAGUCUGGAACUGUUUCAUACGUACUCAGGAAGUCCAUCUGAACGUGCGAUACCCCAACGAGUAUGACGACGGAACCAUUGCCAGUACCAAAAUUGAAGCCCCUCCUGGCCAACAUCGAGUCAGCUGGCUGGUAGGCUGGAAUUUCACCAUCGAUUUGUACCGUGUCCUAGAACACGUCGUUAACAAGUCUCGUGCCAAGCGUUUCAAUCACGAUGAUCGUCGUAGCGUUGAUAGUCUCGUCUUUGGUGACGCCUUUUCCGAAAAGAGUGUCAUGGCUACCAUGCUUAACAUGUACUACGCCCUGCCUCCACAGUUCAAGUCUACCCCUCAGAUGACCGGUGACCCCACUCAGGACAUCUAUGCCUUCCAGGCUGCAAACAUUCAGGCAACACUUCAGCUGCUUCGUAUGAUGCUGUUCUCCACAGAGGACGGUCCCAGCGUUGACAGAAAGUGUGACGUAGCGAACGAAGUCUUGACCGUUUUCCAGACGAUUCCUCACAGAUAUUUGAGGGCUAUAAGCACCCCUAUGAUCUACCAACUGGGAAGCAUUGGUGGUGUGCUUGGUUCUGUGUUCGAGCAACCCCUGCAGCAGCAAGUCUACGAGCGUGUGCGCAGUUCGCUGUUGCUUAUGGCAGAAUUGCUUGAGACGUUGGAGUCCAAUCUACAUCGCUCAGCGGGUGCCAGCCAAGGUCUGUUAGCUCAAGUUGAGAAAAUCGACCAGUAUAUGCAAACCCAAAGGGGUGUUCCCCAAGCCGUGCCGCCACAGCACCCAGCACAGCCCGCCGUCUCACGACCACCACUGACAAUGGGAAUGCCUCAACCCGUUUCAGAACUCAACGGCAAUGGCACUAGUGCUAUCCAGCUUCCAACAGAUCUUGCUUUAGAAUGGCCGUGGCCAGUCUACCAGGAGUAUCCUUAUUACAUGGAAAACAACGGAUUCUAG